AUGAAUUUUUACAUCCUGCCAUUCCUUGUCUCCCUGGUCUCUGCCCAGUAUUACUAUUACCCAUACACAAAUCAGUACAACUUCAUCAGUGGGGAUUCUCCCAGCCGCGCAGCUCCACGACCUCCAUUUCGGAGACCACCUCCGCCAGGGCGGUUUGUUGCUUCACCUGUUGUAAAUGGACCACCACAAAAUCCAGAAAAUCACGGGUAUGAAUGUCUAACAAAUAUAAAAGACACAUUUACUUUAGAGUAUUACUUGGUGCAGCGAUCGGAGCACAAGUUGCAGCUCAGUUAGGCUGA